UGUGUGCGCAUUUCGGUUAGGUAUGCCCACGUUCUCCUUUAAUUUUAAAAUUUACCGUGAUAACAGACUCGUGCUCAUGAACGCGCCUUACUACACCCCUCUAGGAUGAUGCACUUCCAAAUUAAAACAAAAGGCUUAUUAAAGAGAUAACUCUACAUGCUAGCGCAGACGGCCUCGUGUAGUCAUUCACAUUGCGUGACCUAGCUUGAUUCGAAUGACUAGUAGGAAUAUCACUUCCGAUCUCCCCUUAACACCGUUUGUAAGCGAAGAGAUGGCAGAAUCUCUGAUAUGAUUUAAGGAAAUAUUGCCGAUGCUACCCCCAUUCUACGUGCGUCCUCGGUAAGAACACCAUGCGGAACAGGUGCCUUAGAUACCCACUGAUGUUCCAGCAAGCCUCAUUCGAUAGUUUGUCCAAUUCUUUUCCUUUCCCAUGCCAAGAUCUGCGCUUGCUCACAUCUGUCAGUGAAAGUGAAAUUGCUCAACUUUUUGCGCCAACGAGGCGAGCGACUAAUGCGGAUCAGUCCAUUUAUGAGAACGAUGCUUCUGAGCACCCUCAGAUCCACGCUGGGCCUGGGUCGAUUAAAUCGUGGACUUCCUAUUUUGUUUGGCGACGAGUUGCAUGUUUAUUAGAUAGGUUUCACAACUCAUCAAAUGACAGCCUUCUCACUUUUCUGGCACAGAUCCAGGAAAUUCCCAGUGCGGUCAUCGCUGACAAUUUUUCCAGAGAGAAUUUUGCGACUGUUCGGUCUAAUCCAUGUGACAAUCUGCAAGCGCUCACAUCGGUUAGUGAACGUGAAAUUGUUGAACUGUUGCCUCCGUUUUUCAGAACGAUGCUUCUAAGCCCCCUCGGAUCCAAGGCGUGGGUCCUAUCUUUUUCGUUUCGCCAGCAUUGCACAUGGGUGAUCUACGAGGGCCUGGGUCGAUUAGCGCGUGGACUUCCAAUCUUUUUCUGAGUGCAUUGCAUGCUGAGCGGACAGACUUCAUCAAUCGUGUGGGUUUUUGAACCGUUUGAAAUAUGUGUUGAUUUUCGUAUUCAGUUA